CACUGGUCUCUCAGAUUGUUGCUGGAAGGAGACGACGUCGACGUCUGGCUGGACUCGCGACGUCUUGCCUUUCAGCCGAGCGCUCCUGCGGCGGCGCUCGGGAACCUGUCUCAGGCUUCUUGGCUGCAGGGCCUGGGAAGGAGACGCCUCAAAGCGCCUCAGAACGCUCCGGGCCGCCGCACCGUUCCCUCCUCCCCGCGCUCAGCGCCAUGUCUUGGAUGUUUAAGAGAGAUCCUGUUUGGAAGUAUUUGCAGACUGUCCAAUAUGGAGUCCAUGGAAAUUUCCCCCGCCUCUCCUAUCCAACUUUCUUUCCCCGGUUUGAAUUUCAAGAUAUUAUCCCUCCAGAUGACUUCCUAACUAGUGAUGAAGAACUCGAUUCAGUAUUGUUUGGAACUCUGAGAGGUCAUGUCGUUGGACUACGGUAUUACACAGGAGUGGUUAAUAAUAAUGAAAUGGUUGCAUUACAACGAGAACCCAAUAACCCCUAUGAUAAGAAUGCAAUCAAAGUAAACAAUGUGAAUGGAAAUCAGGUUGGCCAUUUAAAGAAGGACCUUGCAGCUGCUUUGGCCUAUAUCAUGGACAACAAGUUAGCACAGAUUGAAGGGGUAGUUCCUUUUGGUGCAAACAAUGCUUUUACUAUGCCUCUGCAAAUGACUUUCUGGGGAAAAGAAGAAAACAGAAAAGCUGUUUUAGAUCAGUUGAAGAAACAUGGAUUUAAAUUGGGUCCUGCACCAAAAACUGUAGGAUUUGCUUUGGAAGGUGGUUGGGGCUCUGGAAGAGCUGGCCCAAGCUAUAGUAUGCCAGUCCAUGCCGCAGUCCAGAUGACAACUGAACAGCUUAAAACAGAAUUUGACAAAUUAUUUGAAGACUUAAAGGAAGAUGAUAAAACUCAUGAAAUGGAACCAGCUGAGGCUAUUGAAACACCACUGCUCCCACAUCAAAAACAAGCUCUAGCUUGGAUGGUUUCUCGGGAAAAUAGUAAAGAACUUCCACCAUUCUGGGAACAGCGAAAUGAUCUAUACUAUAACACCAUCACCAAUUUUUCUGAGAAGGACCGACCAGAAAAUGUCCAUGGAGGAAUUUUAGCUGAUGAUAUGGGUUUGGGCAAAACUCUUACAGCUAUUGCUGUAAUUCUUACCAACUUUCACGAUGGCAAACCUCUUCCAGUUGAAAGAAUUAAAAAGAACCAGCUGAAGAAGGAAUGUAAUGUUAAGGAUGACUCUUUGAAGCUUGGAGGAAGCAAUACCAGUGAAAAGGCAGAAGGUCUGUUCAAAGAAACCUCUAGAGGUAGUGGAGAACCCAGUAUUUCAGAUGUCAAGGAAAAGAAUAAACAUUCCAAAUCAGAAUUACCUAGUUCCCGCCCCAAAAGAAGAAAAACUGUUGUCCAGUAUGCUGAAAGCAGUGAUUCGGAGGACAUUGAAGCAAGUGAAUUGCCACAGAAAAUGAAAGGCAAACUGAAAAAUACACAAUCAGAGGCUAAAGUCAGAGUAAAAGCAGGCUCUUCUAAAGUUAAAGAAGAUGCAGAGUUUGCAUGUGCACUUACUUCAUCUUCCUCUACAACAAAAAAGAAGAUGUUGAAAAAAGGAGCAUCUUCAGUAGAGGGCUCAAAGAAAACUGAUGGUGAAGAGAGACCAAGAACAACCCUGAUCAUCUGUCCACUUUCUGUCUUAAGCAACUGGAUUGACCAGUUUGGACAACACAUCAAAGCAGAUGUACACUUGAAUUUUUAUGUUUAUUACGGUCCUGAUCGCAUUAGAGACCCAACUCUCCUUUCAAAACAGGAUAUUGUUUUGACUACAUAUAAUAUUUUAACUCAUGACUAUGGAACAAAAGGUGAUAGUCCACUACAUAGUAUCAGGUGGCUGAGAGUGAUCCUGGAUGAAGGCCAUGCCAUACGAAAUCCAAAUGCUCAGCAGACAAAGGCUGUACUUGAUUUAGAAGCAGAAAAAAGAUGGGUACUGACAGGUACUCCAAUCCAGAAUUCAUUAAAGGACUUGUGGUCUCUCCUUUCCUUUUUAAAACUUAAGCCAUUUAUUGAUCGAGAAUGGUGGCACAGAACAAUACAGCGUCCUGUCACUAUGGGAGAUGAAGGAGGACUUAGGCGUUUGCAGUCCCUAAUUAAAAAUAUUACACUUAGAAGAACAAAGACAAGCAAAAUUAAAGGCAAACCCGUUUUGGAGUUACCGGAUCGUAAAGUAUUUAUUCAGCACAUUACACUUUCAGAAGAAGAAAGAAAGAUUUAUCAGUCUGUGAAAAAUGAAGGCAGAGCUACCAUUGGAAGGUAUUUUAAUGAAGGCACUGUCCUUGCACACUAUGCAGACGUCCUAGGACUGCUGCUGAGAUUGCGGCAGAUUUGUUGUCAUACACACCUUCUUACAAACGCAGUGUCUGCCAGUGGUCCCUCAGCCUUUUCUCUAGGAAAUGACACACCUGAAGAACUACAAAAGAAGUUAAUAAGAAAGAUGAAGUUAAUUCUGAGCUCAGGUUCUGAUGAAGAAUGUGCAAUUUGCUUGGAUUCUCUAACAGUUCCUGUUAUAACACACUGUGCACAUGUCUUUUGUAAGCCCUGCAUUUGCCAGGUCAUUCAAAAUGAGCAGCCACAUGCUAAAUGCCCUUUAUGCAGAAAUGAUAUACAUGGGAACAAUUUAUUAGAAUGUCCUCCAGAAGAAUUGUCAUGUGACACUGAAAAAAAAUCAAAUACAGAAUGGACAUCUAGUUCAAAGAUUAAUGCUCUAAUGCAUGCAUUGAUUGACUUAAGAAAGAAUAAUCCUAAUAUAAAAAGCUUAGUUGUUUCUCAGUUUACAACAUUCCUGACUUUAAUAGAAACACCACUAAGAGCCUCUGGAUUUGUGUUUACUCGUUUGGAUGGUUCCAUGGCCCAAAAGAAAAGAGUUGAAUCAAUUCAGUGUUUUCAGAACACUGAAGAAGGGUCUCCAACUAUAAUGCUUCUAUCCUUAAAAGCAGGGGGAGUUGGUUUGAAUCUUUCUGCAGCUUCUCGAGUAUUUUUAAUGGAUCCAGCCUGGAAUCCAGCUGCUGAAGAUCAGUGCUUUGACAGAUGCCACCGACUUGGUCAGAAGCAAGAAGUUAUCAUCACAAAAUUCAUUGUGAAGGAUUCUGUUGAAGAAAAUAUGCUGAAAAUACAAAAUACAAAGAGAGAACUUGCAGCUGGCGCCUUUGGAACUAAAAAAUCAAAUGCUAAUGAAAUGAAACAAGCUAAAAUUAAUGAAAUCAGAACUUUAAUUGAUUUAUAAUUUGUGGGAUUUUGGUAAGGUCAGUUUGAUCAGAUAUAUAUAUACAGAAGUUUUGAAAGUGAGAAAAAUACAGUUUUAGGAAUGGGACUUAAGAAAGUAUGUUGUCCAUAGGGGCCGUAUCAUUUUAUAUUAGUCAAGAGGUAUUCCUUUCUGUACACGAACCUAUUUUUAAUGGUAUUUCAAAUAGCAAUAAGUUCUAUAGUAUACUGUGGCCUAAGAUAAUUUUUUGAGGUAAGAAAAUUACCUUGUUCAACUUUUCAUAGUAUCUGUGCUGAGUAUUUUCAUAUUUUCCAAGUACUCAGCUUUUUCAUACUUCUAAUAUGGUCGUUUUAAAACAUACUUUGAGUAGUUGUUUUCUCCAUCAGACACACUUGAUUAUUCGCUGACGCCACCCAUUUGUAAUGCAGUGGACUCAUUGUCCUUGUAAGCAAUCACUGUAUACAGAUUGUACAAGAUUAAUUUUAUUGGACUUUCAGAACCGCUUUUGCAUUCCAGAACCUAGUAGGGAAGAACCCAAAACCAAAUCUUAAAAAAGAGACCAAAGUUCAGUUAACAAGUUCCUUGUUUUUUGUUUUGUUUUUACAUCUUUUUUUUUUUUUUGAGAUAUAAUUCGCAUUAAGUGACUUGAAAUUUUAUGUUUAUGAAAGGAUUAGAAACAUCAGAGCACUAUUUUCUCCACUUUAGUCAGGUGGUACUAGUAAUGUUUAAAUAGAAUUUAGUGUUUUCAUGUGUAAAUACAGUCUAGGGGCAAGAGGAAACCAGUUCUACCCAGUUUGAUUUGAAUAUUUAAAUUAUGGAACUACAAAAUAUUUCUAUAUAUAGAUCAUUUUUAUUUAUGUAGCUUUUUAAAAAUUAUAAAUUUUUAUAAUUCAAAAGACUACUGUAUAUGAGAUGCAUGAUAUCUGGAUGAGAUUUGGGCUGGAUGCCCUCAAGUCAUUUUUAACUCUCAGAGACAUCUCCUAAAUGGAAAAGUUUCCUUAUUAGAUUAUUGUUUGGAGUUAGAAUUUGAUCUUGGGACAUAAGUAAUUCAUCCUUACAUCUGUCUCUAGAAUUAGUUAUUCCAUUCUUACUUAUUGUUAAUACCAAACUCACAGUAGUUGCCAUCAAAUUCUAGAUAACCCUGAGUCAUAUUUCAAACAAGUACGUUACAAAUUUAGACAUCCAGUCAGGCUAGAUGGUCAUUAAUGUGAUUUCCUUAAGGGAUACUUUGUUAAUCCAAAGAAGAUACUAUUUUAACAGGAGAAACUUCAUGUUUAAUGGUACAGAUGUAAGGACAUCUUAUGUUUUACAUAUUGUGUUAGAGGUGACUUGACAAAUACAGGAACACUGGAGACAGCAUUGUGUUCUAGGGCAUACAUCUAAGGUAUGUGCUAAGUAACAGCUAAGUCCUCCUGUCCUGGUGUGGUGCCGUCUCUUGCUCCAAGGGAAUAGUGAAUCAUACAGCAGGAAUCUUUCCAGUCCGUGUUCUCAUCUACAGCAAGUAGGGCAGAGGAUUGAUAAAAAGGAACAAGUUUUCUGUAGGGUGUAAGACUAGUGUUCCAUUAAAAAAUAAGAUUGAUAAGAAUCUCAUGGAAUACCAUAUUAUGUGGAUUUCAGUACCACUACUGCGGUGAGAUUAGGUUUUUUUUUUUUUUUAUGAAUAAAGUUUUCUGAAACACACAACACACACACACCCUUCCCCCUACCCCUUGCUUACCAAGUCAAAGCAUUGCGUACUCACUGUUAAGGUGAAAAUGUCGCUUGCUUCUUUAUACAAACAUUUGUAGAUUUAUGUUUUUAAACACAUUCAUAAUAAGUUUGGGAGGUUAUUUAAAAGUUCUUUUUGGACAGUUCUAUUCAAUGAUGUUAAACACAGUUCUAUUAAAUAAGAGACAAAUUUAUCCCAAGAAUACAUAUAAACCACUGGAAUGAAAAUUUUACAUUAUGCUAUACUGUUAACUAUGUUUCAUUAUUAUGUAGAUAAUAGUUUUAGAACUAUCUUGAAAACAUUGUAUUCCCAGUUGUGGUUCAAACUGAAUUUUGUGGUUUAAACUGGAUUUUGUUCUAAAUUCAAAAUAAAAGCUUCAAAAAUUA